CAGGAGCGGACAGGAAGCCACGGCGCCCGGCCCGGGGGCGAUCGGCCCGCAGCGCCCCCGGGUCUGUCCCCGGGGCGCCAUGGCCCCACUGAGGCCGGGCGCACCCGCGGGGCUACAGGCGCGUCGGCUGGCGCGCAGCUGAGCAAGGUGCAGCUUGGAAAGGCCGAGCCCCCCCGGGGCGCAGGUUAGGGGGGCUGGCGCCAUGGAGCCCCCGGCCGCCACCUCGGAGAGGAGCCUGUCUCUAUCUCUGCCCGGGCCCCGGGAGGGCCAGGCCACCCUCAAGCCGCCCCCUCAGCACCUGUGGCGGCAGCCGCGAACCCCGAUCCGUAUCCAGCAGCGCGGCUACUCCGACAGCGCGGAGCGCUCGGACCCCGAGCGGCCGCCACACCGGCCCAUAGAGCGCGCCGACGCCGUGGACACAAGCGACCGGCCCGGCCUGCGCACGACCCGCAUGUCCUGGCCUUCGUCCUUCCACAGCACCGGCACAAGCAGCUGCGGCGCGGGCGGAGGCAGCGGCAGGCGCUUCGAGGCGGAAAAUGGGCCGACGCCAUCCCCCGGCCGCAGCCCCCUGGACUCGCAGGCGAGCCCAGGCCUUGUGCUGCAUGCUGGAGCAGCCACCAGCCAGCGCCGGGAGUCCUUUCUCUACCGCUCCGACAGCGACUAUGACAUGUCACCCAAGACCAUGUCCCGCAACUCCUCGGUCGCCAGCGAGGCGCAUGCGGAGGACCUCAUUGUAACGCCCUUUGCCCAGGUGCUGGCCAGUCUCCGAAGUGUCCGAAGCAACUUCUCACUCCUGACCAAUGUGCCCAUUCCUAGCCACAAGCGGUCCCCGCUGGGAGGCCCCACCCCCGUCUGCAAGGCCACACUAUCAGAGGAGACAUGUCAGCAGCUGGCCCGGGAGACUUUGGAGGAGCUGGACUGGUGCCUGGAGCAGCUGGAGACCAUGCAGACCUACCGCUCUGUCAGCGAGAUGGCCUCGCAUAAGUUCAAGAGGAUGCUGAACCGCGAGCUCACACACCUGUCAGAAAUGAGCAGGUCGGGAAACCAGGUCUCAGAGUACAUUUCCACGACAUUCCUGGACAAACAGAAUGAAGUGGAGAUCCCAUCACCCACGAUGAAAGAUCGAGAGCCCCAGGAAGCGCUGCGACAGAGACCCUCCCAGCAGCUCCCGCCCCCGGUGCCACACCUGCAGCCCAUGUCGCAGAUCACCGGGGUGAAGAGGCUGUCACACAACAGCAGCCUGAACAACACCAGCAUCCCCCGCUUUGGGGUGAAGACGGAUCAGGAGGAGCUCCUGGCCCAAGAACUGGAGAACUUAAGCAAGUGGGGCCUGAACAUCUUUUGCGUGUCCGAUUAUGCUGGAGGUCGCUCGCUGAGCUGUAUCAUGUACACGAUAUUCCAGGAGCGGGACUUGUUGAAGAAAUUCCGAAUCCCCUUGGACACGAUGGUGACAUACAUGCGGACGCUGGAAGACCACUACCACGCCGAUGUGGCCUACCACAACAGCCUGCACGCCGCCGACGUGUUGCAGUCCACCCACGUGCUGCUGGCCACGCCUGCCCUGGACGCGGUGUUCACAGACCUGGAGAUUCUCGCAGCCCUCUUCGCAGCUGCCAUUCAUGAUGUGGACCACCCUGGGGUCUCCAACCAGUUCCUCAUCAACACAAACUCAGAGCUGGCGCUCAUGUAUAACGAUGAGUCGGUGCUAGAGAACCACCACUUGGCUGUGGGCUUCAAGCUGCUCCAGGAAGAGAACUGUGACAUCUUCCAGAACCUCGGCAAGCGCCAGCGGCAGAGCCUGCGCAAGAUGGUCAUCGACAUGGUGCUGGCCACGGACAUGUCCAAGCACAUGACCCUCCUAGCUGAUCUGAAGACCAUGGUGGAAACUAAGAAAGUGACAAGCUCCGGAGUUCUCUUGCUGGACAACUACGCCGACCGCAUCCAGGUCCUUCGGAACAUGGUGCACUGCGCAGACCUCAGCAACCCCACCAAGCCACUGGAGCUGUACCGCCAGUGGACAGACCGCAUCAUGGCCGAGUUCUUCCAGCAGGGGGACCGAGAACGUGAUCGGGGCAUGGAGAUCAGUCCCAUGUGUGACAAGCACACAGCCUCCGUGGAGAAGUCGCAGGUGGGUUUCAUCGACUACAUCGUGCACCCGCUGUGGGAGACAUGGGCAGACCUGGUGCACCCAGAUGCGCAGGACAUCCUGGACACGCUGGAAGACAACCGGGACUGGUACUACAGCGCCAUCCGGCAGAGCCCAUCGCCGCCGCCCGAGGAGGAGCCCGGUGAACCAGGCCACCCCGCCCCACCCGAUAAGUUCCAGUUUGAGCUGACGCUGGAGGAGGAAGAGGAAGAGGAGGCAGCGCCAGCCCAGGAUUUGUUGGAAGCUCGGGGAUCAUCCACGUCCGAGGAGCCAGCCAAGAUCAAGGGCCAGGAGGCUGAGACAGGGCAUUUGUCGCGGGGUUUGGGCUUGACGUGUGUUGCCCCUGCAGCGCAGGAGUCCAUGGACGCGGGAAGCUGCGACCUGACCCUUGAAAGCCCCCUUCUGCCUGCCUUGAGGACCCAGUUCACGCCAGAGGAAUCCCCGGGGCUCCUGGGCCUCCCCUCCACGGCGGCCGAGGUGGGGGCCCGAAGAGACCAUCAGGCUGCCGAGAGGGCUUGCCGCGCAUGUGCAGGGACGUCCGAGGAGGACCCAGCCUUGCUCCCGGUUCCGGGUGGGUGGGAGCCAGGUGUGGACCCUCCCUGAGCUGCAGCCACAGCCCGGUCACCCCGAUGCCCGUGUCCCCCACCCCCUACUGACCACCUCUUCCGCUGCCUCAAAGACUUGGCCCUCUUGAGAAAAAAGAAAACAGAAAAGUGGGGGGUUUUCUCUUUUCUUUUUUUCUCCUUUCCUCCCGCCCCCACCCAUGGGGCCUUUUUUUUGAGGUGGGGGCUAGGGAGCAAGGGGUCGAGGUCCCAAAACGGAUUUUAUUUUUUGAAUUUUAAUUGUAACAUUUUUAGAAAAAGAACAAAAACAAGAAAAAAAAAAAAAAAGGAUGAAACACAGCAACUGUAGAUGCCCCCCUACUCCUGGUUCCCCAUUUUGCACCUCCAAACCCCUCUCCCCCUCCACACACCCCAAGUCCCAGCCUUCGUCUUCCGGCCACUGGGCUUCCUCAUUUGGACCCAAACCCAGAUGGGGGGCCUGGUUGUGGGCUUUCCUUCUGAGGUUUGGGGGGACUCCAGCACCCACCCGGAAUAGCCAUCUGGGCUGGGCCGGCGGGGCAGGGGGUCGCUGCGGAAGCCGCUUGCCCCCCCUCCCCACUAAGUCUUCCGCCUCAUUUUUGCACAACCCUAGCCAUAUUAGGGGUCGGUGGAGCUGCUCGCUUGGAGAUGCAGGGAGCGGUGGUCACCAGGCCUAAGAGUGGAGAGGGGCCCUAAUCCCCUCUGCCCACCACCUGCCUCCCCGUACCCUCUGGAUUCGCUUUGAGAUUUUCAAUUUGCUUCCAAGGAAGGGGCUCCGAUCGCGCAUGCGCGCACGCACACCCCGGCCCUCCUUCCUGCUGCUUUUCCUCUUGUUUCUGCCUUAAAGAUCCUGUGGCCAGAGGAGACGGGUCUCAGUGGCUCCCACCUGCACGUUGAGUGCUGCGGAGCCAGGCCCAGAGACCCCAUCCCUGGCAGCCACGCACCCCACAGCAUCCUCCUGACCCCCCUCUCCCGAUUCCCACUUCGGCCCCACCUCUUUGCCCUGGAAGGAAGCAAUAACGGUGUUCACCCACAUCCCCCAUCCUGGGCAUCCCUUUCUUCCCUGUCCCCUGUCCCCAGCUAGUUCCUGAGCAAUAUGACAGACAGAUGAAGGCCAUCUUCUCCAAGCCAUGGGGGACCGUUGGAAAGGAAAGAACCCCCUCUCCCCUGUUCCUGUGCCCCUCAGGCUGGCUCUGCAGCCAGGACAAGCAGAGACCUAAUAUUCAUUUCCUUCCCCCAACUCUGAGCACACAGUACUGUAGCCCCCCACUUCUCCCCAGCCUGCCGUCUGUCUGUCCCCCACCCCAUACUGCUGUACAGGGUUCAUUUUUGUAGUGAAAGUAGUUUCUGUCCCAGGCGAUGACCUAAAUGGGCCUUCUUUUUUCUUUUUGUACAUACUGUAAGGUCGGUUUGUAAAUUAUUCUCCAGAGGCAAAAAGGGAAUAUAAACUCGCCCUUCCCUGGCUGACCCAGUCAGGAAGGGGGAAAGGGGUCUUCGGAUGGAGGCCCGAUCCCUGCUGUAUUAUACUAUCUGUACCAUAGUCCCCAGGAAAGGGCGGACUCACGGGGUGUAGGGGACAUUGUGACAUCUCAGGCACCAGGGCUGAGCAGAGCUGGCCCCCAUGCCUUCCCCAGAAGCAGCGGCACUGGCCAGGUGGACCCUGCCCUAAACAAGGCCCUUAAGAGCUGCUCAUGUGUUCCCACUCUCACCAUCGAUCAUCAGUCCCUUGAUCGAUAAUCAAAUCUUCAAUCUCAUCACCAAUUAAACUGAGGCUUUCACCGAC